UUUAUUGGUUAAAUUUAACCUUUUUUUUUUCCGGCCAGUCCCCAUACAGCAAAACAGAUCCGCACAACUUACCAGUUACAAUUGAUUAUCCGGACAAGUAUAAAGGCACAGCGACCUGAGCCACUGAUAAAGUUAAACAGAGGUUUGAAGCUGUAUUGAUUCUCAAUUUGAUAGCUGAAGCUCGCGUCACUGUUUGGUUUCCAAGAAAGGUUACUCUGAAACCAAACAGACGCUCUAUUGAUUCACUGGUGAGUAGAGAUGGUUUGGUCAUGGAAAUGGUGUUGGAGAGUAUUAUUUCUUCUGCAAUUAGUUCCUGGAAUUCUUAGUUGGGGAAAGCAGGGUCACUAUACUAUUUGCAAAAUAGCAGAGGAGUAUCUGACUGAAGAUGCUCUAGUUGCAGUGAAAGAGUUGCUUCCAGAUUCAGCUGAAGGUGAUCUUGCAGCUGUAUGCUCUUGGGCUGAUGAGAUUCGCUUCCACUACCACUGGAGUAGUGCUUUACAUUACGCGGACACUCCUGAUUUCUUGUGUAAUUAUAAAUAUUGCAGAGACUGCCAUGACUCUUCCCGUUUCAGACGUAAAGACAGAUGUGUGACCGGAGCAAUUCACAACUAUACAAUGCAACUCACAUCGGUUUUUCGUGACUCAAAGUCAGAGUUGAAUUAUAAUUUGACAGAAGCACUGAUGUUCUUAUCACAUUUUAUUGGAGAUGUUCACCAGCCUCUACAUGUUGGUUUCACUGGAGAUGAAGGUGGAAACACUAUAAUACUUCAUUGGUUCCGUAGGAAGGCAAAUCUACAUCAUGUAUGGGAUACCCUGGUCAUUGAUUCUGCCCUGAAGACAUUCUAUGAGAAGGAUCUUGCAAUCAUGAUUCAAGCCAUUCAAAGGAAUAUUACAAAUGAUUGGUGGAGUGAUAUGUCAACAUGGCCAUAUUGUGGAAAUAAUGAGACCGUUUGUCCAAAUCAGUAUGCAUCCGAAAGCAUUAGUUUGGCCUGCAAGUUUGCUUACAGAAAUGCCACAGCUGGUAGCACUCUAGAAGAUGAUUACUUCCUCUCUCGGUUGCCUAUUGUAUCGAAGAGACUUGCGCAAGCUGGGGUUCGGUUGGCUGCCAUCCUCAACAAUAUUUUCGUUUCUCAGACAAAAAUUGCUCAAGCAUGAGAAUAAGCGAUGGCUUUGAUGAUGAUGCUGAAAAUAAGGGAUAGGGAGGCAGUUUCUAGACGAUAUUCAAUAAGUGGGGAUUAUUUCUCCAUUUAUGUGUGUAGGCAUACGUCUUAUAUGCAUAUCUCCGAGUGCCAAACCCUGUUAUCCGUGUUCUUUUGUUAAUUCGCCUGUUAUGGCUCCUCGGGUGCCCUUUUAUCCCAUUUCUGAUGCACGCUAACAUGUUGCUUGAGUAACUAUAAUCUAUGUAAUAAUGUUUCAUUCUCA